AUGGAAUCUAACAUGAACGACAAGUUUGUCAAAACCAUGACGAACAUCAACGAUCGUUCCGACAAACUGGAAGCUCAACACAAAACGACCAAAGAUCAGUUGGACCGUCUCCUGCAGAAUCUGGAGAACCAUCGCAAUGAAUUCUCCAAAUUCUGCCAGCAGCAAGUAAGCUGUUCCAAGCCGGAAGAACCUGCGGUUGUAACAUCGUGCAAGAAUACACCGAGCAAGACGAACGGUCAGUAUCAACUGAAACCCUUCGGUACCGAUGAAGUCAUGGUGGGAUACUGUGAACAGGAAAAGUUCGGCGGAGGUUGGCUUGUGGUUCAGCAUCGAUUCGAUGGUUCUGUGGAUUUCCAACGCACCUGGAGCGAGUACAAAAACGGAUUUGGAUCACUCGGAGGCGAAUUCUGGCUUGGUUUGGAGAAGCUGCAUCGACUUACCAGCAAUAGAAACGUUGAACUGAUUGUAGAGCUGAAGGACUACAACAACAACUAUGUCUAUGCGCGGUACGAUGGAUUUGAAAUUGGAAGUGAACCGCAGAAAUAUUCACUGGACAGAUUGGGAACGUACAGCGGAACUGCUGGCGAUUCCAUGAUAUACAACCGGGGCAAAAAGUUCACCACCAAAGAUAGCGACAAUGAUGGAGCCGUAAAUCUGAAUUGCGCUGUUAGCAGGGCGGGAGCUUGGUGGUUCGAUUGGUGUGGAAAUGCUGAUCUCAACGGAAUUUUCGGUGUUAGAGGUGAAUGGCGAUCUAUUUAUUGGUAUGGCUACAACCAAUAUGACGGAAUGAAGUAUACCAGGAUGUUGAUCCGAGAAGUGUAAACUACUUAGAGUCAAUUGGAGACAUAGUAAAAGCUGAAUAGAAUUAAAAAAAAUAUUUA